GAUAAACCGUUAUUAUUAUUAUUAUUAUUAUUAUUUUUAAACACAAUUUAAUUACGUUAAGCGCUAAACAAAUCAAAGGUUGAGAAUGAGCGAACCGUACGGGAAAAAAACCGAUAAAACUUUGAUAACGACGGUCUGAGGAACUUUGACCACUGAACGCCGAGAACCAAGUCUCUUCGUCAGUUCCAACAGUGAUCGUUCGUUUGUUCACGAUGCCGGACACGGUUCGCCAAGUGCCCAUUUCCGACGACCGCUACCGGUGCAACGGUUCAGGUACGGACAGCUAUCCGUCCUCGCCGGCCGUCUCGCCGUCGCACAGCUUCAAACGCUCAAAGUCGACCUUCUACCUGCUCGACAGGCGCACGUCUCCGCCGCCGGGUCGCCUGCUGCAGCCGCAAAACGUGACGGCCGGUACGAUCCACGAGUACGCGUCAACGUUUUUCUGGACUGUGGCCAACGUACUGUUCGGUCUGUCGUGGGUGAAUGUGCUGCUGGUACGAGUUCCGACGCUGUGCCUGUGCCUGUGGGUGCGGUGCGCCUGGAAGUGUGCCAGGGUACCACUGGUAGUGUCCAAGUGCGUCUUGAGGCUGUGCACCACGAGCCCGAACAGGCGCCGUCGCCGGGGCCGGUGCACCGUGCUGAUAAACGGCGGCAGCACGGUGCAGGCGCUGCACUUGGCCAGAAACUUCCACAAGGCGGGCGCCCGGGUGAUCGUGUGCGAGAUCGAUGGCCGAGCGGAGCUGAGCUCGUUCUCGGUGGCGGCCGACUACCACUACACCGUGCCCGGGCCCAACGAGGACAACUGCGUGCAGUAUGUGGACGCCCUGAGGGCGAUCGUCGAGAAGGAACGGGUGGACGUUUACGUACCCACCGGCGCUACCGUAUCGGCGUACUACGACGCGGUGGCCAAGCCGCACCUGGAACUGCUAGGGUGUCGGUGCUGGACUCCAGGGCUGGACGGUGUCGCGUUGCUCAACGACCUGUCUGAGGUGUUCCGUUUGUGCGAGACGGUGGGUCUACCGGUGCCCAAGCACCUACUCGUGUGCUCAAAGGACGACGUCAUCAAGCUGUACGACAAUUUGUCGUUCAGGGCCGACCGACACUUCAUCGUCAACGUGGGCCAGUCCGGAUGCAAGACGGCGUAUAGCCUGCAACUGCCGGCCGCCAGGAAGUCGCUGCGACUGCCCGGCCCCGUGUCCGACGACCGCCCGUGGCUGUUGGUCCAGCACUGCCUCGGGUCGUACUACACGACGUGCACCACGGUGCAGGCGGGCCGGGUGGUGUGCAACGUGACGUGCACCGCGCACGACGGCCGAGUGACAGACCGAAACGCGCUGAUCGACGACUGGACCGCACGGUUCGUGUCAGCCGUCCCGGUGCGGUUCGACGGCUAUCUGUCGUUCAGGGUAUGCGUGUCGCCGUCCCGGAAGGUCGUACCGCUCGGAUGUCACGUCGGCGUUCCCAUCACAUACGCGUUGUACCACAGCAAUUUCGAACGCGUCAUACAGUGUUCGCCGCCGCCUCACGCGUACCGUUCAAACGGUGUUACGGCCGCACAUGCGGGUGCCGUUGGACACGCGGAUGCGGAAGCCAACGGCGCCGCACCGCCGUCCACCGAGCUCGUGGCCGAAACGACGGACCGGUAUUACGCUACGUCGCUGCUCUACGAGACGGUCACUCGGACGAUCACAGUCCAGUCGAUCAAGCGUCUCGUGCGCACGGUGGUCAUGGAACGUGAAAUGGUAUUCACGUAUUGGGACCCACUGCCGUUUUUCGCCCGCUACAGUCUGCAGAUGAUCGUGGACCGCAUAAACACCGCGCUGGACGAGACGACCAUGUUGUCAUCGUCGGCCCAGAAAAACAGAUACACCACGUUUUAAUACACGGCGGCACGUGUACAAAAUUUGUAAAUUAUUUUUCACUUUUGUGAUGUUCGGUAGAGGUCCAAUAUUCGGUUAUGUUGUGCCGACAAUUAAAAUUUAUCAAAACCGUUUGGUCAGAUAUAUUAUUAUGGUGCGAUGUAUAAUAACGUAUUUUAUUAUUUUAUUUAUGUGAUCUAUAGAUAACGUCCACUGCUAAAGUCACCACCUCGUUAAUCAUUUGUCGGGUCAAAAAACAUGUCCAUAUUCUGUCCAGCGAAAGAACACGCCAAUUCUUCAUAUUCCUACUCGACAAUCUGCUAUCUGUGCCGAAGAAAACCCAAUUUUCGUCGAGAAACACGGUGUUCUCUCGCUGUACAGAGAACACAAAUUAAAGAAUUCACAAUAAAACCAAACAUAAUAUUUAAUCCACGGACAGAAUUGUAGGUAGAUAAUGUAUAGUACUUUAUAAUUCGAAAUACUGCAGAAACGCGAAUUAUAUAGUUAAUCGUGGUUAUUAGUUAUUUUUUUACUUAUUAUACUAAUCAGAUGUGUCAUUUGGUCAAUAUUUACCGCAUUUAUGGUCUUUAGAAUAUUUAUUAUUCAAUGAAACUAUAAAAACCAUUUAAGUACAAGAACAUUUUUUGUUUUUGUAGAUCGCAUAUUGGACCGCUACUUAACAUAGGUAACCUAUACAUAUAUAUAUACAUGCAAUAACACAAUAUAAUUUAUCGUUGUAUUAAAAUAUGUUGACGUUGUGCAGGUAUAUAAUCUGAUUUUUUUUUUAUGUAUAUUUCUUAUAAAUUAUAAUAUUAGCUUAUUUCACAGAAUUGAAAA